CCAGCAUUCCUCCUGUGUCUAAGAUUAGCUGGAGCUGCUUUGCAUGGUGUAGGCUUUGGAGUGGGGGGAGGAGGAGGAGCAGCCACUGCCGAAGCCUAUAUUUACUCUUGGGAGACCCAUGGGCAAAAUCCGUUUAAAUGCUUUUUAAGAGAUCUUGGAUCCCCAGCAGCAACUGCGCCUCGGGGUGUUGCAAAAGCUCAGAGUUCACCGGAGAACCCCCCUGGCAUUACACCUAGCCACCCAGGAAGGAGGAAGGCUUCGGGACUUGUGCCCCAAAGAAGAUAAAGGACAAACUCUGCAAGAUCCACUUGUCCCAACAUGAGAAGAGAAUGGAACAGAUGCAACAGAGGUCAACAGAGGCUUGUGUGUUGCAUACUUAAAAACUAUACCCCCUACUGACGGAGGCUUUAGAAGCAAUAUCCUCCUUCGACAGUAACGAUGACCAGGUACUUGGAUGAAUCGGACAUCAUGAUGGUGGAGGAGGGCUUCACCACCAGGGACUUGCUAGAGAAUCUCCUCCUGGAGGUUUCCCAGGCGGGAAGCCAAGAAGCCUUUUUUGUGGCAGAUCUCGAGGAUGUGGUGAAGAAACAUUUGCACCUCCUCAAGGCCUUGCCCCGCAUCAAGCCUUUCUAUGCUCUGAAGUGCAACCGCAGCAAAGGAGUGGUUCAGAUGCUGGCAGGGCUGGGAGCCGGGUUUGGCUGUGCCAGCAAGGCAGAAAUGGCCCUGGUGAAGAGUAUUGGAGUCCCGCCGGACAGAAUCAUCUGCACCAGCCCUUGCAAGCAGAUCUCCCUGAUCAGAUAUGCAGCUAGCCAAGGGGUGCAGCUGAUGACUUUUGACAAUGAAGUGGAGCUCAGCAAGGUAGCACGGAGCCACCCGUCUGCCAGAAUGAUUCUGUGCUUGGCUACCGACGACUCCAGGUCCUCCACCUGCAUGAGCAUGAAAUACGGCGCCACACUUAAAGUCUGCCGUCACCUGCUUGAGACUGCAAAGGAGAUGAAUGUCGAGGUGGUUGGCAUCAGCUUCCACAUUGGAAGCAGCUGUGCCGACCCCCAGCUCUUCACUCAGUCCAUAGCAGACGCUCGCCUGGUCUUUGAAAUGGGUGCAGAACUAGGCUACAAGAUGCACCUCCUGGACAUUGGAGGGGGCUUUCCUGGUGCUGAAGAGUCCAGAGGGCGCUUUGAAGAGACAGCAGCUGUGGUCAGCUCCGCCUUGGACCUAUAUUUCCCAGAAGGCUGUGGGGUGGAGGUCAUUGCUGAACUGGGGCGCUACUAUGUGGAUUCAGCCUUUACCUUAGUGGUCAACAUUGUUGCCAAGAAGGAGGUUCCCCUGGACCAGCCGGGCUCUGAUGAUGAAGACCCCGGUGGCAAGAAGAGCUUCGUCUACCAUCUCAACGAUGGCGUUUAUGGCUCCUUCAGCUCAGUCAUCUUCAACAACGUCUGCCCAAUCCCCAUCCUGCACAAGAAACCCUCUCCAGAUCUUCCCCUGCACAGCAGCAGUUUCUGGGGACCGACUGGGGAUGGGCUGGACUGCAUUGCGGAUGGCAUGGAGCUCCCAGAACUGCACCCCGGGGACUGGCUGAUCUUUGAGAACAUGGGGGCUCACACCAUGCCAGCUCCCUCAGCUCUCUGUGGGGCCCAGCAAGCACAGAUCUACUACACCAUGUCGAGAAUGGCCUGGGAAGCCGUCCAGCUCCUUCAGGGGAAACUGCUGCACCCGGAGGAAGAGGACCGGGAGAGUACAUGCACCCCCCUGUCCUGUGGCUGGGAGAUCACGGACACCCUGUGCGUUGCCCCCGUCUUCACUCCAGCAAGCAUCAUGUAAGCCGUGCCAAACAUUCACUACGGGGGCCAGACCCUCCUCCCAACAGAGUCCUGCCACACCUUCUCCCUCCUCUCUCUCUCUCUCUCUCUCUCUGGCCUGCCUGCCUCCCACAUUUUCUGCCCUUGAGUAGGAGCUGUUUUUAUCCCCACCCCCCAAUGCUGUGUGGUUUUUAAGUAUGCAACAUAAAUCCUGUUCCUCCUGA